AUGUCCAAACGCUCACGAAGCACAUCCCCAUCCCCAUCAUCACCCUCACCUUCACCUUCACCACAUUCCUCCUCACCCACCCGUCCCAAAAUCCCCUCCCUAGAUCCCACAGCCACACCCCCCAACCAAGAAGUCAUGCACUGCUCUCUACCGCCCCAUAGGGAAACCAUCUCGUUCAGUUCCUACGAAGACUACGAGGUGCAUUACCGCCAGGCACACGUGAAUCGGUGUUCGCAGUGUGGGAAGAAUUUCCCGACGGAGAGGUUUCUGAAUCUUCAUAUUGAAGAGAAUCAUGAUGCGUUGGUAGCGACGAGGAGGGAGAGGGGGGAGAAGACUUAUGCAUGCUUCGUCGAAGACUGCGAACGCGUAUGCUCUACGCCUCAGAAACGCAGAAUGCAUUUGAUUGAUAAGCAUAUGUUUCAUAAGACAUACAACUUCUACAUUGUCAACGACGGCAUCGACAAGCAGACCUCUCUACUGAGGACACCGCAUGACCAUCGUCGGCGGUUAUCAUCCGCUGCUACGGGUCCUACUUCUCCGAAGGAAGGCCGGUUACGGUAUCGUCAGACUUCCAUAUCCCAGGCUGAUUCUGGUGCGAGUGCUCAGAAAGGCUCUUCUCCGUUUACUACUCCUCGACAAGGUGAUGCUGCUCCUGCUGCUCCUGCUGAUGAUGGGGGAAUUACAGAGCUGGAGAGGUCUAUGUCUGCGUUACGGUUUGUUCCGGCUAGUGUGGUGAGGAGUCGGGGGAAGCAGAAGUCUUGA